UUAGACUACGGAUCAAUUGUUAUUGUUUGCUUGCCAUGUAGAGCCUUAUUAGAAACCAUAAGUGUGGUUUAUUGUCGACAUGGUGGAAUCGUCGAGUUUGGGACGUGCCCCGCCGGCGGCACAGCAGCCCAUACCGCAACCGCAUUCGCCAUCGCCUUCCGGCAUGCGAUGCGGUAAUAUGGAGACACGUGUGCGUGGUGCCUGGUAUCGUGUCCUGGUCACACUGGAAACAGAAUUUCUGGCCGUCAGCCUGGAUGAGACAUGCGAGGCGGCACAACAAACGCAAGAUGGACAAUCUACUACUUUAAAUGGAACACUUGGAAGCAAUCACAGUGGCGGCGGCGGUGGAGGAGGAGGUGGAGGUGGAACUGGUAGUGGACAGAAUGGUUCAUUGCCAAACUCAGCCUCAAUGCAGGGCAUUACAAGUUCGUUGCAGGACACUGAACUGGAUGGCAGCACCACGAAUGACAAUGGCGGUGGUGGUGGUAGUGGCGGCGGCGGUGGCGCUGGUGGUGACCUCUGCUUGAAUAAUAACAAUAAUGCCAACGAUGCUGGUGGCAUGGAUAUGUGCGACGUACCUGAUCAUGUGGCCAAUCAGAAGCGUCAUGUGCGCAUUAUCAAGUCGGACAAUAAUGGCCUUGGCAUCUCCAUCAAAGGUGGCAGAGAGAAUCGCAUGCCCAUAUUAAUAUCGAAAAUCUUUCGUGGCAUGGCCGCCGACCAGGCCAAAGGCCUCUAUGUGGGUGAUGCCAUCUUAACGGUGAAUGGUGAAGAGCUGCGUGAUGCCACCCACGAUGAGGCAGUGCGUGCACUUAAACGUUCUGGCCGUGUGGUAGAUCUGGAAGUUAAAUUCCUACGCGAGGUAACGCCCUAUUUUCGUAAGGCUAGCAUAAUAUCAGAGGUCGGCUGGGAAUUGCAGCGUGCCUUCUUGUGUCCGUUAGCGCCGGGCGUACCAACCUCACCGCCUGCACCAAAGACAACCCCAAGAGCCGAUACCAGAUAUAUACCAUUACAGUUAACGCAUCUGGCCAGGAAUCUCAAGUACAUUGAUCCGGAGAAUCGAUGUUUCGAGCUGCAUUCACCGGAUGGUGUGCAUUCGUGCAUUCUCCGUGCGGCCGAUUCCGCGGAAGCUUUAGUCUGGUUCAAUGCAUUACAUUCGGCCAUGGGCAGCAGCACGCAACGUUCCCUUGUGGAGGCCAAUCGUGCAUUGACAAAUCUCAUUGGUGAAUUGAAGCACAUUGGUUGGCUAAGCAAGCGUUUGAAUGGCGGCGUCGGUGGCAGUGGCAGCGGCAGUGGUGCAGCUAGCGGUGGCAGUGGUGGCACAUCGAACAGUGGCGGCGGCCUUACCGGCGAGGUGGUAAGUCCGAGCGGUCGUUCCAGUUCAGAGAGCUCGGAUGAGAGUGACAAAUGGUUGCCCAUAUUUGUGGCCGUGACUGAACGUGAAUUUCGUAUAUACGAGAGUGCUCCAUGGUCAGUGGAGGCCUGGAGUCGUCCAUCAGAGAUCUAUGCCUUGGCCACAACACGUUUAGCCGGAGCUGGUAACAAUUCUUCACUGAAUGGCCAACAGACGACUGUGUUCUGUGUACGUUGUGGCACUGCCAGAGGCGUUCUUGUCUAUUGGUUACGCUCGGAAACGCAUCGCGAUAUGGCCUCCUGGGCGAGGGCUCUAGUCCAGGGCUCACAUCAGGCUGUCAACUAUCAGAGGGAAUUCUCUUUUCGCUGCCUUUAUCAGGGCAGGCAAUGUCAAUUGGUUGUGCAUAUAAAUCGUGGAUUCUUUUUAUAUGAUUGCAGUGGUUUUGCCACACAAGCAACACCGACAGCAGCAACAGCAGCAACAGUUGCUAAUGCAACAGCAACAACGACACCAACAGCAGCCCAAUCGGUGUCGAUGACCAAUAAAACUCAGUUAUGGCAAUUUGCAUUUGAUAAGCUCAAAGGAUCAGCAGAUGAUGGACAACGAAUGUUAUAUUUGGAUUUUGGUGAUGAUGGAGAGAUUGAAUUGGAUAUGGAAUGCUGUCCAAAGCCGGUAGUGUUUGUGGUUCACAAUUGUUUAUCGGCCAAGGUGCAUAAUAUAGCCUAAAGAAAACAAAACAAAGCAGAAAAUGUGUAUUAAUUGAAUGAUUUCUAUAUGAAUGACUUUCUAAUGAUCGUACGAAUUGACUCUCAGGAAAUCAAUUAGAAAGUCUUUUCGAAUUUAACCAAUUUUCGAAAAUUUCUAAACAAAUUUGUUUGUUUUCGUGCAAUUUUCUAUAGAAAUCAUUCAACUAUUUUAAGGUAAUGGGGAAAAGCUAGGCAAGUGCUUCCUGAUGAUGGCUAAUGGGUUUAUUAAUAAGUUUAGCAAAAAAAAAAAAAUAAAAAUAAAACAAAACAAAAAUCAUAUUAAAAUAAAUUACAAAACGAAAAACCAAGUAGAUUUUCCAUAAAGCACAAAACCAAAAAAAAAAAAAAAACAAAA